AUGUCGGAGGCGCCGCCGACGCCUCCCUCGGAGCGGGGACCCCACCGGGCUUUCUUCUUGCGCCGGCGUCCCCGCAGGAAUGAAGGGGCGCCUAGCAGCAACAAGCAGCAGCAGGUAGCAGCAGCAACAGAAGCAGCAGCAGCAGCAGCAGCAGCAGCAGCAGCAAGCAGGGCGCUGGCGACGCUGCAGUCGCUGCCGACGGAGUCGUGUGGCUCGACCAGCAGCAGCAGCAACAGAAGCAGCAGCAACAGCAGCAGCAGCAGCAGCAAAAGCAACCUGCAGCUCGCCAAUAUUCUGGAGAGAGAAACCACAGCAGGUUCUGCGGACGGCGCGGGCAGCUUCUCAGCAGCAGCAGCAGCAGCAGCAGCAGCAAUAACUCCAGCAGCAGCAGCAGCAGCAAUAACUCCAGCAGCAGCAGCAGCAGCAAUAACUCCAGCAGCAGCAGCACCGAAACGAGCAGCAAGAUCGCGGCUCCCCGAAGUGUGGGCAGCAGCAAAGUGGCUGCUGUUUUCGACUCGAGUUGUGGGGUGGUUGGUGGUGCUGCUGCAGCUGCUGCUGCUGCUGCUGCUGCUGCAGCAGCGGGAGGAGCUGCUGCUGCAGCGGGAAGCUCUGCAGGGGCAAACGGUGCGCGAGCAGCUGGAGCAGCAGCAGCAGCUGCUGCAGCAGCGCAGCUGCCACUGCAAACCCUGUGCUGCUGCAGCAGCAGCAGCAGCAGCAGCAGCAGCAGAAGAGUGGAUUGAUAUAAAAGAUAGAUUUAAACAUUCUCAAAAAGAAGUUGAACUGUCUGUUGCUGCGCUGCUGCGCAAAGAGGAACCCCUCAGCAGCCGCGCAGCAGCCCCAAGCGAGACAGUGCAGCAGCAGCAGCAGCAGCAGCAGCAGCAGCAAUUGGAACAGCGGAAAACUCGCCGCCGCUUGCCUGUGUUGCUGCUGCAGCAAGUGCUCGCCCCCCUGCGGCUUUCAAAGGAGAAGCUCCAGGAGCUGAGCAAGACCUUCAGCGAUGAGCUCCUCCGAGGGCUGGAGAUGCACAAGCGUCACGGGCUGCAGUGGGUGCCCGAGGAGUGCUCCUUGCGAAUGCUGGACUCCUGCGUCUCCGCAAUUCCCUCCGGCCACGAAAAGGGCGUUUUCUACGCACUCGACUUCGGCGGCACGAACGUCCGCGCCGUCCGCUGCGAACUGCUGGGUGGCGGCCGCAUCCAGGCGCAGCAGUUCUUGAAAAACCUCUACGAGUGCGGCGGCGAGAUCGACCUCAUGGCCCGCGAAACUUCGGCUUCGCAGCUCUUCGACGUGCUCGCGAACUGCGUGGGAGAAUUGGUGGAAGAAAAUAACGAAAAAGAAAUUCUGAAAAACAAAAAAGCAAAACUGGGAUUCACCUUUUCGUUCCCCUGCGCCCAGCAAAGUCUCAACAACAGCGUCCUCGAGUCCUGGACGAAGGGCUUCGCCACGGGCCACGACACUGACGACCCCGUCGUCGGCAAAGACGUGGUGCCCCUUUUGGCCGCGGCCUUCGAGCGGCAGGGCCUGGGCCUGGAGUGCGAGGCCGUGGUCAACGACACGGUGGGGACUUUGCUGUCGUGCGCGUACCAAAAGAGCCCCGGGUCCCCCCCCUGCACUGUGGGGGUCAUCCUGGGCACUGGGGCCAACUGCUGCUACUGGGAGCCGCAGGCCGCGGCCUUCGGCUACAAAGGCUCCAUAGUUAACGUCGAGUGCGGCAACUUCAACAAAAACCUCCCCACCACCCCCGCGGACCAGGCC